AUGGGGGUGACCCUCAUCAGCAGCCUCCUCUGCCCCCUCGCGGCCGCCAGCCUGCGCAGCAGCACCACAGGCCGAGGGGCCGCGAAAAGGGAAGGAGCCAAACCCACUGUGGGCACUAGAGCUGACCAGGGAGCUCACCAAAGCCUGACCGUUCACCCAGCCGGCGUGGGCCAGCGCCUGGGCUCUACGGGAGUGGUCCAAGCACGCAUCUGCGUGGUCAAGUGUGAGCCCCUCGAUACCCACGCCACCCCCUCCACUGCCGACAGCGCCUGGCCCCUGGCCCAGUCUCCUCAGAAAACAGAACCACCUUGUCUCCCCUUCUGGGGCCUUCUCUCUCCCACCGGCUCUUAUCCAGGAAGUGGGGACUGGGAUGGUGGUCAGGGGACAGCACCCCAGGAUUCUUUCUCUGCAGGAACUUCGGUCAUCCGUGUGACAGCGGUGGACGCAGAUGACCCCACAGUGGCAGACCACACCUCUGUCAUGUACCAGAUCCUGAAAGGAGAUGACCACUUUGGCAUCGAUGAAUCCGGAGUAAUUUUCACGAAAACCUCAAACUUGGACCGGGAGACCCAGGCCAGAUACGAGGUCGUGGUGGAGGCACGUGAUGCUCAGGGGCUCAAGGGGGACUCAAGCACGGCCACCGUGCUGGUCACUCUGAAAGAUGUCAACGACAACUUCCCCAUCUUCACCCAAAAAACGGACCCCUCCCGCAACGAGGGCAUCAUCAAGCCCGUGAAGCCCCUCGACUACGAGCGCAUCCGGCAGUACAGCUUCACCAUCGAGGCCACCGACCCCACCAUCAACCUCCACUACCUGAACAUCCACCCCACCAAAAACAUCGCCCGCGUCGUCAUCAACGUCACCGACGUGGACGAGCCCCCGGUCUUCCAGAAGCCCUUCUACCACUUCCAGCUGCAUGAGAACCUGAAGAAGCCGUUGGUUGGCUCCGUGCUGGCCUCGGACCCCGACGCCGCCCGGCACGCCAUCGGAUACUCCAUCCGCAAGACCAGUGACAAGGGCCAGUUCUUCAGAAUAAUCAAGCAGGGGGACAUUGGCAACGAGAAAGAACUGGACAGAGAACUGUACCCCUGGUAUAACCUGACCGUGGAGGCCAGAGAACUGGAUUCUAGUGGGACCCCGACAGGCAAGGAAUCUAUUGUGCAGGUGCACAUCGAAGUCCUGGAUGAGAACGACAAUGCCCCGGAGUUCGCCCAGCCCUAUGAGGCAAAAGUGUGUGAAAACGCUCCCCCGGGCCAGCUGGUCGUGCGGAUCUCGGCAACGGACAAGGACAUCACGCCGCAAGAUGUGAAGUUCAGAUUCUCCCUCAGCAAUGAGGACAGCAACUUCACGCUCACGGAGAAUCGAGACAACACGGCCAACAUCACAGUCAAGUACGGGCAGUUUGACCGGGAGCGGGUCAAGGUCCACUUCCUGCCGGUGCUCAUUUCGGACAACGGGCGUCCCAGCCUCACGGGCACCAAUACGCUGGCCGUGGUGGUGUGCAAGUGUAACGAGCGGGGCGAGUUCACCUUCUGUGAGGAGGCCGUGGCCUUGACAGGCGUCAGCAUCCAAGCGCUGGUGGCCAUCUUCCUCUGCAUCCUCACCAUCGCCGUGAUCACCCUGCUCAUCGUCCUGCGCCGCCGGCUGCGGAACCAGGCGCGGGCCCGCGGCAAGAACGUGCCUGAGAUCCGUGAGCAGCUGGUCACCUACGACGAAGAGGGCGGAGGCGAGAUGGACACCACCAGCUACGACGUGUCGGUGCUCAACUCGGUGCGCCGUGGCGGGCCCCACCCCGCGCCCUCGCCGGACGCGCGGCCGCAGCUCUACGCGCAGGUGCAGAAGCCGCCGCGGCGCGGGCCCGGCCUGCCCAGCGCGCCCGGCGAGAUGGCGGCCAUGAUCGAGGUGAAGAAGGGCGAGGCGGACCACGACGGCGACGGGCCCCCCUACGACACGCUGCACAUCUACGGCUACGAGGGCGCCGAGUCGAUCGCCGAGUCGCUCAGCUCCCUGGGCACCGACUCGUCCGACUCGGACGUCGACUACGACUUCCUCAACGACUGGGGGCCCCGGUUCAAGAUGCUGGCCGAGCUGUAUGGUUCGGAGCUCCGGCAGCCGCCGCUCUAUUAAAGGGAGCGCUGCCCUUCCAGGCCUGGGCACCCAGACGGCUGCGGCCCGAGCCAGUCGGGCACUGGGCACCAAGUCCUGGAGGAGUGGCAUCGACUGCAGGCUCGGCACCUCCUCCUCCUGUGGACUCCGGCCUCCGCUGGAUGCAAAAUCUCGGUCCCUGGAGCAUCCAGAAUAUAUUUCAGUGGUUGCCACACACGCCUAAAUGCUGGGGAAACCAGCUGGUGUUCUGAAUGGACUCCAGGAUCCCCACAACCCUGUUAUCCCCUCCCCACCCCCACCCGCCCCCAGGCUCCUCAAGGCUGAAUAGCCAGGCAGCUUGGGGCCAACUGCAGUGAUCCCUGGACCUGGUGAUGAGGCCAGUACAGCCUGUCCAUCCGGAAACAAAAGACCGGACACCCUCACCUGCGGGGACAAGACUGCAGCCCGGGGCCAAGGAACACCGGGGCUACCCAUUGGGCAUGCGUGCUCCCGGGAGCCCGGGGCCUGUCCUGAGGGAGGAAAGCCCCCCAGCCCUAAAGUGACCUCACUGGCCUGCCACAUGGUAACUGUGCUUUCCUGAGCGUUGAGCCUUCGAUCACAUUCAGGGAAAUGGCUUGUUGAGCUUUGAAACCACUGUGAAUUCAUCCUGGAGCGAACAGUGUGAAAGAUGACAGAGGGUGGGCCACCGCGCCACCCAACCCUUCAGAAGAGGGCCUGGAAUAACCGAGACCCCAUUUGAGCCUCACGGGCACCCCUCCAAGAUGUACCUGUGAGUUGGGGCACUUGUUCUAGGAGCAGACGACCUUCUGAUCUCUGCCUCGCCAGUCAUUCACUUCUUUGUCUGUCUGUCUGUCUAUCUAUCUAUCUAUCUAUCUAUCUAUCUAUCUAUCUAUCUAUCUACAACUCUGCCUUUCCCAGCCCCUCCUGGACUCUGCCUGCCUUUCUCUCGGCUUCUGUGGGUGUGUUCUCAUCUCUUGACUAAGAGGCCCCCAGGGUGGGGCCCCACAGCAACUCUGGCGGAUGUCCAAACCCCACCCGGGCUGCAGGACAAGCUUUCUGCCUUGGCACCUUUAUGCUACGACACCUCAGGGAACCCCAGCAGUCUCCCCACAGGCUGCCCAAGGAAAGGACCAGCCUGCCUGCUCACUCCCGUCAUCGCUGCAUCGCCCACUCUCAGCCACAUGCAGAACAUCCCAGUGCAGACACGCCUGGGGACACUGGCAUCCAUCCACACAGAGCAGCCCCAGGAGGAAGUGAUCUCAAUAAUUCUCCCUGCAUAUGGGCGGAGACUCCACUCGGGAAGGCCCCGCCUACUCAGGCCCCUUGCACAGCCAGGGAUCAUAGAUGACACUGAUUUCUCUUUUUUAACUAGUAACUAGUUUUUCAGGAUGAGUUUUUGUUUAGUUUUUUUACUAAUAAUACUUACAAAUUUCUAGUUAUCAUGCAUAUAGAAUAAGUGGGAGUUUGGCACAAUAAACAGGUCACUAUUUAGGUUAGUGCUUUUCCUUCUAUUGUUCUUAGUUAGAUAAGUCAAUCCCUGUAACUUUCUAACCCCCUAUCAUUGUAGUACUUGCUAUAGAGAUAACGACUGUAUAUUGGCCACAGUGGUGCAUGGGAUGGACUGUAAUUUUUUGUAUACCUAAAUAAAGAUCUUGAAAGUC